AUGGCAACUUACAAUAAAAGAGAACUACCAAAACUGGACUUGGACCUACUGAACGGUUCUGAGGCUGACCUAGCUGACCUAGUGUUGAUAGCAGAGAGAUCACUGAAGGAGGUGGGAUUCUUUGUUAUCAAGAAUCAUGGAGUAUCCGAGGAUACCAUCAGGCGAACUUUUGGCAUAUCUCGACGGUUCUUCGACCUGGACGUCUCACAGAAAUCAAAAGUGAGAAUGACCUCAGACUACCCUUACGGUUACGAGAAAGCCGAGAUACUUUCCCAAUCUCUAAAUGGAGAAGGGGUAACUCCUGAUCCUAAGGAAACUUAUAACAUCAAGGUAUCAGACCCGAGAUGGCCAGAUGAACCAUUGGAGUUCAAAGCAAUUGUGAUGGAGUACUGCAAUGCCAUGUGGACCCUCGCUAGGAAGAUCCUGCGUCUCUUUGCUCUGGUGCUACGACAGAGCGAAGACUUCUUUGAUGACAAAUUUCCCACAGAUAAUAUGACAGUAUUCCGUCAACUGAACUACCCUCACGUGGCCCCGGGUCCGGACCGGAUCAGAGCCUCACAACACACGGAUUACGGAGUACUGACUAUACUGGCUCAAGAUAACGUUGGGGGACUUCAGGUCAAACUUCCGGGACAAGAAUGGGAGGACGCGUCAACUCCACAGGGCUGUCUUCUUGUUAACAUUGGUGACAUGAUGCAGAGGUGGAGUAACGACAGUUGGAGGUCCACUCUCCACCGGGUGGUGAAGAAGGAAAGUGCUAGUCAGACUGACAACAGGCGACAGUCCAUGGUAUUCUUUGUUAACCCUGGCAAGGACGUUAUGAUUGAGUGUAUCCCCGACUACCAGGCAACAGGAGAAGAAGCUAAGUACUCCGCCAUCAAAGCUGAGGAGUACGUCCUCGCCAAACACUACAGCACCAUACCCAGCAUCCUGGCUUCUGCCGGGGAAAAGUGA